GUGAAACCGUAGAUAGAUAGAUUUGCCCGUUUAGCAAUCGAUCGCAUCCUAUCAGGAGUCCAGAGUUGAGUUCUAUCUGCAUUUUUUGAUCGUCAAGAAAUGGUUGGGCGGAAUGCUAAUUGGUGUCUCAGUUGAUUUAAAAAUGUCUUCCUGUUGAGCUGAUGCUCGGUGAGGUUUUAUGAGCUAAGAUUUUGAUGAUUUCAUGGUGGAGCCGCUUAUUCUAAACGUGMUUUAGUUCUUAUGCUUUGUGUUCUGCUACUAAGAUUGAUAUUUUCCUCUCUUGAAGAUGCAAUCUAGUUUCUAAACUGAAGACAAGAUCUCCCACCAGCUAAGAAUCCUUGAUGGCAUGCAUCACCACUUUAACCUCUCCAAGCAUCAUUAAUUGCGUAGCCUAUGGAACAAAGGUCUCACCUCGGAGAUGCAGAGUAUUCACUUCAAAAUCUUCAUUUAUGUAUCCUAGUAUCCAAGCUGUACAAGAAAAUGAGGGGCCUCGGAGGCUUGUUGACAUCAUCCGGUUUGUGCCAGAGCUCUCUAGGAACUACUUUAGAAGCCCUUCUCGAAGGGCAUUAUUUGGUGGCAUAUCCUUACUGAGUGGGUUUUAUGUAGCACAGACUAUCUCUCUCUCAUUUGGGGCCCUUGGUGUGAAUGAUGUAAUUGCAUCUGUGCUUUGUGUUCUUCUCACAGAGUAUGUAACUAGGUUCUAUUACAGCAGGCCCAAGGUAACCUUCCCCCUUGCACUCCUAAACAAUUUUAAAAUGGGUUUCACUUAUGGCCUGUUCAUAGAUGCUUUUAAGCUAGCCAGCUGAACUAGAAAAUGUGCUUAACAAAUUGUUCUAGUGGCUUUUCUUAUAUAUCAACAUCAUCAGUUAGACGUUUUUCAACCUUAUAUAUCUGUUUCUGGUACGUUCUAUGCAAUGUCAUUUCACUUUGGUCUA